AUCCUCUAAUGAAAAAAAAUCUUUGACAUUAGCAUCCAAUAAUAUUGAAAAAGGAGAAUUUUUCCUUGUUUGCAAAGUUUCAGAAACAAUUUAUAGUCAUAUAUCAAAAUCUUGUUAUGAAAAAAAGAUG